CCACCGUUCUUCCUCACAGGGCCAUCCUCUUCCUCCCUGGCCUUCAGCGAUGAAUUUCUCCAUUGCCAGCAACCCCCUGAAGCAGUACGAAGUCCAGGGUUUCGCAGAUUUCACCCCAGGCUCUGCCACGAAAGGGAAAGGAGAUGGCCUUGCCGUGGUCUCCAUCAUCGUGGCAGCUUUCGUCUUCCUCGCUGUUAUCAUCGUCUUGGCCGUGCAUUAUGGUCCACAGCUGCGAACCGUCCAAAUCACCCUCCGCCAUGAGCCCAUGCCCCAGGACUUGGACAACGGGGUGCACCUCACGGAGUGGAAGAAGCUGGAUUCCCAGCGAAAAUGCCCUGCACAGUCCACGCUGCCCCUGGAAAGGAACAGCAACGCUGCCGGCCCAAACAUUUGGAGCAGCAGCCAAGAGCCAAAUGUCAUAGAGGUCACUUACCUGUGAAGAGGGAGCUGAGGGUUUCCUGUGAUCCUGCAGGGGAUUUUGCCAGACCGGAUUCUGGUAUCGCAAAGGGGAUAAGAGAGAACCCACAUUUGCACCUUUCCAGGCCAUU